AUGGAGCCCUUUGUCCUGCGGGACCCGCGGCGCCGCGCGCUCUGCCGUGACCUCAUGCAGGGGAGCUACGACGCCCUGAUGGCCCUGGGUGAGCAGCACCCCCAGCUCAACACCUGGGAUGGACGGGACCUUCUAGAUCCCCCUUCCUCCCACCCCCCAUCUCCUUUGAUUUCCCAGAAUUCCCAGUUUCCACACCCGAUCUCCUCUCCCGCCUGGAUUGCGGGGAUGAACCAACAGCCCUGGAUCUCCAGGUGGCCAAGGACACCCCGACCACAGAGGAUGGAGCAGGAGAAGAGCAGGAACCUCCUGGAGAAGAACCUCCUGAAGAAGAACCUCCUGGAGUGCGGCGAGUGCGGGAAGAGCUUCAGCCACAAGUCGGCCCUGGUGAAGCACCAGAAGAUCCACAGCGGGGACCGUCCCCACGGCUGCCCCGACUGUGGCAAGACCUUCAUCCAACGUUCAGACCUCACCAUCCACCAGAGGGUCCACACAGGGGAGAGACCCUACGGGUGCCCCCAGUGCGGGCGCCGCUUCAGCGUCAGCUCCUCCUUGCUCACCCACCAACGGACCCACCAACCUGGUGGGGCAAAACCCAACCCUUGCCUUCAGUGUGGUCGUAGCUUCUCCGACCCAGGAGCUUUGGAUCGUCACCAGAAGAGCCAUUUGGGUGGGAAACCUUACGAGUGUGGGGUGUGUGGGAAAGCCUUCUCCUGGAGUUCCCACCUGGAGAGACACCGGCGCAUCCACACGGGAGAGAAACCCUUCCAGUGCUCCCAGUGUGGUCGGGCUUUUGCUUGGAGCUCCCACCUUGACCGACACAUGAGGACCCACCGAGGUGGAAAACCUUACCCAUGCGGCGCGUGCGGGAAGAGCUUCGGUUGGAUCUCCCACUUGGAACGUCACCGCCGGGUCCACACGGGGGAGAAACCUUUUGGCUGUGGGGAAUGUGGCCGUUCCUUCUCAGUCAGGUCCCACCUGGAACGUCACCGCCGGGUCCACACGGGGGAAAAACCUUUCCUGUGUGGGGAAUGUGGCCGCUCCUUCGCCGUCGGCUCCACCUUGGCCGCCCAUCGCCGCCUCCACGCGCCUCAACCGGGACGUCCCCACCCUUGCCCCGAGUGCCACAAAAACUUCAGCACCUCGGCCACCCUGGAGAGACACCGACGCCUUCACCGAGGGGAAAAGCCUUUCCAGUGUGGGCUCUGUGGGAAAGGCUUCUCCUGGAGUUCCCACUACGACCGGCACAGACUCACCCACACCGGGGAGAAGCCGUUUCCCUGCGCCCACUGCGGGAAACGCUUCGGGCGCAGCUCCCACCGCAACCGGCACCAACGGGCCCAUUCCCAAGCUCCUGGAGUUCCUCACUCCCUCACCAUGAUGGAGACCUUGUUCCUCCAAGGUUCCUCACUCCCUCACAACGAUUGA